UAACGAAUAUGCAAAUGAGGCGUUAGAAGCUACACAGCGCCGUGCAAAGGCGAUCUUAUUCUAAACUUCGCAAAUAUCCUUCGCGUUUCUAACUUCGCCCCUCGACGUUGUGUCUCGGAGCUUUCCCCAACAUAUUUGCCUCUGACAUCGCUCUGCCCCCCUGCACAUACAGCAAACUCGAGGGAAGUGUGGACCCUGUGUGAGAUGCAAGAGAUAAUAGCAAUGUGACGUUUCUGAGGAAGUCUUAAUCCAUCCUCCCCUGAUGUUGGUGAGGAGGGUCGAGGUCGUAGGUGUUUUCAUGUUUUUGUAGAGUGGCACUCGCUGUUUCAACAGUGGCGACGACCGCCACAGGUGUUGAAAUCAUGGAUCUGUUUGACGAUGGGGAUAUAUUUGGUGAUGGGCUGGAGAACCUGGUGGCAGGCGGUUUCGACGAUCCAACCCCUGACUUGGACGAGCAGGCUUUCAGCCCGCUGCAAGACCCCCAGACGCAGUACCCCGGCGUCCACCAGCCCGGUGCACCAUUCCACCACCUCUUUAGCCAAUAUGAGCCGCAGCAGCAGCAGCAGCAGCAGCCGCCGCCACCGCCGCCGCAGGCGGACGCACUGGGGAUGAUGGGUAGCCCCCAGGCGGUGAUGGGAAGCCCUGCGGGAAUACUAGGCAGCCCUGUCCAUUGUGCCAUGAGCAGUGUUCCAGCCGCACACCAGCAGUUUAAGGGGCCACGACUUCACCAGCCCAUGCCGGACCAAGUGGGUAGUCCCUUUGGCUUGUUUGCCACAGGGCAGGAGGAUUGCUCCGAGGAGACGUUUGUGAAUGAAGACCCGCUCUGGGGACGCCAGGAGCCGCCGACCAUGCCACUUUACCAUCAGCCCCAACAAGCGCACCAUCAGUCUCAGCCCACGGGCCCACCACACCACCAGCAGCCAGUGCACCAGCAAAUGGAUAAUUAUUACAUUUUGCAGCAGCAACAGCAGCAGCAACAACAACAGCAGCAGCCGCCGCCACAACCACCACCACAGCAGCAGCAAUCGCUGAAUCAUUUUCCCGGGGGACCAGACGCUUUGAACCAAGGUGGACAAUUUAUGAGGUCACCCGGAACAGCUGGAAACAGCAGCGGUGGCAGCAGUGGAGGCAGUGGUGGCAGCAAUAAUUGUUACUCUCAGAUGAUGCCUCAGCUACCUUCACACAAUCAAGCCUUUCACCAUCACAGUGGAUCGAUGAGUGCCUGUCGGCGAUUCGCCCAACCAGGGAACAACAGCAUGGGCAACUUUUCCGCAAGCCCACAGAAUAAUCACUUAAACUUCUCGGCAAACCAGGGCCAAGUGGCGCCUCCACCGUCUUGCUCUGUGAGCAGCUCGGGGCCGUUUGUGCAGUGCACGUAUGGCGGCGUCGCCGAUCAGGGAAUAAUUGGCGGUGCUCGGUUGAGCCAGGGUCUAUCCCCUAAUCACCUCAAUAAUGGAAAUCAGCAAGUCCAGACGACACCGCCGCCUUCGAUGUACCCGAGGGGUAAUCAAGCCUUUAUGCCGGGGGGUGCCCAACGAGUUGCCCAGCAGCUCCCGAUGAUGGCCGGCAGCCAGCAGGGUUUGGUCAACCAAAUGGACUCCAGGGCUAUGCACCCAUCGUAUUCUCAGGGAAAUUUCAAUCACCAACCCGCCGCCAAUGCCUCUCCGGCAAAAAUGAAUGUUAGCGUGGCGCCGACGCACAGGCAACCAAGCGCAGGCGUUAGCAUGGGCAGCAGCGCUUGCCCCUCGGUGCCGCUUGGCUCCGGUGCCGUCGGCUACCCCAGGAUGCCACUGCAGCAGCAGCAGCAGCAGCAGACGCAGCAGGCCCACCACCAACACCAGCAGCAGCAACAGCAGCCAAUUAGUCAGGGCGCCAUGAUGGCAGCUCUCCCUGGAAAUACAGUUGCACCAAGGCUGCCACAAACAACGCCACCAUAUAUGAAUGUAUCUGCCUCCCCGUCACACUAUAAUCCCCAGCAAAGCCCACAGAAAAUGCAGGAGGCCCAACAGCAGCAACAGCAUCUCAGACAGGCGACACCACCCUCGUUUUUGCAACAGCCACACGUGCAGCCCCAAACGGUGACAGUGACUCACUCUCAGCUGCUGCCUCAAGCGCUCACUCAUGUCUCAGUGCAGCAGCAGUCGCUGCCUUCAGCCGUGCCGAGACCCCUGUCGGCGCCGGGCUGCACCGCUCCGCCAGGCUCGCUGCAGACGAAGCUCGCGGGUCCCGCCGCGCACGAUGCCCAGUCUCGUGACGCGGACAUGAGGACCGAGGACCGAGCCGCGCGGGACCGCCGUCCCGACGACCGCCUCCUGACGCAGGAGCAGGAGCGCAAGCAGGAGAAGGCGAACCGCAUCGUAGCGGAGGCAGUUGCGCGUGCCAGGGCGCGGGGAGAGCAGAACAUCCCCCGCGUGGUGGGGCCAUCGGCCCCCACGUCCACUCCGAUUGGAGGCGGCACCAGGGGCGGCGAUGGCACCGUCAAGAAGAGGGCGAAGAAGAAGUCUUCCAAGCCCAAGGACAAGGAUGGCAAGGGCAAGGGCCACUCGCCGGCGUCCACGAAGCUCAAGAGCAGCAAGAAAUCCGGUAAACUGAAGGGGUGCUCCCCGAGCAGCAAGAAGAAAGGCAAGCGGAAGAGAGACACGUCGGCUGAAAAUUCCGACACGGAGCAGGCGGGCGCUUCUGGAGUAAUAGACGACGACGACCUGAUGCAGCGGCGCUCCAACAGGCAGGUGAAGCGCAAGCGCUACACGGAGGACCUGGAGCUGAAGAUCUCGGGCGACGAGGAAGAGGUGGACGUGACGGGAGGAGUUCCCGCAAAAGCUCCCACUCCGGCGCACCUGCCGACUGUGGCCACCUCCUCCUCCACCACCACCACUACCACCACUACCAAGAGCAGCAGCAACAGCAGCAAGAGCACCUCGACCGCCACCCACGGGCAGGCCAUUCAGUUCUUUGUGGAAAACCCAAGCGAAGAGGAUGCUGCCAUUGUGGACAAGAUUCUGGCAGUGAAAAUGGUGAAGAAAGAAGUGGUGUCUGGGCAAGGUCUGAUUGAUGUGGAGGAGUACUACGUCAAGUACAAAAAUUACUCCUACCUGCACUGUGAGUGGGCCUCAAUGCAGCAGUUGGAGAGGGACAAACGCAUUCACCAGAAAAUCAAACGCUUCUGGAUCAAGCGAGCUCAGAUGAACAUAUUUGCACAGUUGGACGAGGAAGCGUUCAACCCUGACUACGUGGAGGUGGAUCGAAUACUGGACGUGUCCCACUGCAGUGACCCAGACACGGGCGAGCCCGUCACGUACUACCUGGUGAAGUGGUGCUCCCUGCCUUACGAGGACAGCACGUGGGAACUCAAGGAGGACAUUGACCAGACGCGCAUUGACGAGUUCGAGGCCCUCCGAGCGCGCAAGCACGUCUGCAAACGCGCGGUGCGUUUACCCUUCGAACGGCCGCCGCCAAAAGCUUGGAAGAAACUGGAGGACUCGCGGGAGUACAAGAACGGAAACCAGCUCAGGGAGUACCAGCUGGAGGGAGUGAACUGGCUGCUGUUCAACUGGUACAACAGACAAAACUGCAUCCUGGCGGACGAGAUGGGACUGGGCAAGACAAUCCAGUCGAUCGCGUUCCUGCAGGACGUGGCGCUGGCGGGCGUGCACGGCCCCUUCCUCGUCAUCGCGCCACUGUCCACCAUCGCCAACUGGGAGCGCGAGUUCCGCACGUGGACCGACAUGAACGCCGUGGUGUUCCACGGCAGCGUGGCGAGCCGCCAGAUGAUCCAGCAGUACGAGAUGUACACCCGCGACGCCCAGGGCUACAUCACGCCUGGCGCGUACCGGUUUGACGCCGUCAUCACGACCUUCGAGAUGAUCCUGACCGACUGCCCAGAGCUGCGCAGCAUCGAGUGGCGCUGCGUCAUCAUCGAUGAGGCUCACCGGCUCAAGAACCGCAACUGCAAACUGCUGGAGGGACUCAAGCUCAUGGCCCUGGAGCACAAGGUGCUGCUCACGGGGACGCCGCUGCAGAACACCGUGGAGGAGCUCUUCAGCCUCCUCAACUUCCUGGAGCCGGCGCGCUUCCCCUCCGAGUCCUCCUUCCUGCAGGAGUUUGGGCAGCUCAAGUCGGAGGAGCAGGUCCAGAAGCUCCAGGCCAUUUUGAAGCCCAUGAUGCUCCGGCGGCUCAAGGAGGAUGUUGAGAAGAACCUGGCGCCUAAGCAGGAAACCAUCAUUGAGGUGGAGCUCACCAACAUCCAGAAGAAGUACUACCGUGCCAUCUUGGAGCGCAACUUCUCUUUCCUGGCCAAGGGAGUGGGCCAGGCCAACCUGCCCAACCUCAUGAACACCAUGAUGGAGCUGCGCAAGUGCUGCAACCACCCCUACCUCAUCAACGGCGCGGAGGAGAAGAUCCUGUCGGACUUCCGCGAGGCGCACGGGGCCGACGUGCCAGACUUCUACCUGCAGGCCAUGGUGCAGGCGGCCGGCAAGCUGGUGCUCAUCGACAAGCUCCUGCCCCGGCUGCGCGAGGGUGGCCACAAGGUUCUCAUCUUCUCGCAGAUGGUGCGCUGCCUCGACAUCCUGGAGGACUACCUGGUGCAGAAGAGGUACCCAUACGAGCGAAUCGACGGGCGCGUGCGUGGGAACAUGCGUCAGGUGGCCAUCGACCGUUUCUGUAAGCCGGACUCGGACCGCUUCGUCUUCCUGCUUUGCACGCGAGCCGGCGGGCUCGGCAUCAACCUCACGGCCGCCGACACCUGCAUCAUCUUCGACUCGGACUGGAACCCCCAGAACGACCUGCAGGCCCAGGCUCGGUGCCACCGCAUCGGGCAGAGCAAGGCGGUCAAGGUGUACCGGCUGAUCACGCGCAACUCGUACGAGCGCGAGAUGUUCGACAAGGCGAGCCUCAAGCUGGGCCUCGACCGUGCCGUCCUGCAAUCCAUGAGCGGCCGGGAGAACACCACCAACGGGCAGCAGAUGUCUAAGAAGGAGAUCGAGGACCUGCUGAGGAAGGGCGCGUACGGAGCCAUCAUGGAUGAGGAGGACGAGGGCUCUAAGUUCUGUGAGGAGGACAUCGACCAGAUCCUGCAGCGCCGCACACACACCAUUACCAUCGAGUCGGAGGGCAAGGGCUCCACCUUCGCCAAGGCGAGCUUCGUCGCGUCGGGAAACCGGACGGACAUCUCGCUGGACGACCCCAACUUCUGGCAGAAGUGGGCCAAGAAGGCGGAGAUUGACCUGGAGUCCAUGCACGGGAAGAACAGCCUGGUGAUCGACACGCCGCGCAUCCGCAAGCAGGUGCGUCAGUACACGGCGGCCAAGGGCGAGGACCUGGCUGAGCUCUCGGGCCUGGAGAGCGACGACGAGCGGCCGCACAAGGGGCGGCGCCCCCACGAGCGGGCGCAGGGCUACCAGCGCACCGAGUGCUUCCGUGUCGAGAAGAACCUGCUCAUCUACGGCUGGGGCCGGUGGCCUGACAUCUUGCGGCACGGCCGCUUCAAGCGCCAGCUGGUGGAGCGCGACGUGGAGCUCAUAUGUCGCGUGUCCAUGGCCUACUGCCUGCUGCACUACCGCGGCGACGAGCGCAUCAAGGGCUUCAUGUGGGACCUCAUCACCCCCUCGCACGACGGGCAGGCGCGCACCCUGCAGAACCACUCAGGGCUGUCGGCACCGGUGCCGCGCGGGCGGAAGGGCAAGAAGGUGAAGUCCCAGAUCAGCACGCUGGACCCGGCCAAGACGGACUGGCUCGCAAAGUACAACCCCGAGGCCCUGCUGCUCGACGACGGCUACAAGAAGCACCUGAAGCACCACUGCAACAAGGUUCUGCUGCGCGUGCGCAUGCUCUACUACUUGAGGCAGGAAGUGAUCGGGGACAAUGCGGACCGCGUGUUUGAAGGCGUCGAUGCCAGCGAGAUUGACAUCUGGCUCCCGGAGGCGGAGGCUGGGGAGCAGCCGGUGUCGUGGUGGGACGCCGACGCCGACAAGUCGCUGCUCAUCGGGGUCUGCAAGCACGGCUACGAGAAGUACAACUCGAUGCGAGCGGACCCAGCGCUGUGCUUUCUGGAGCGCGUGGGCAUGCCUGACCAGAUGGCAAUCGCCGCCGAGCAGCGGAACUACGACUUCCUUGCUGACGGUCCGGAAUUUGCCACCGAAGAGUUUGAAGAUCCUGAGUACAAGCCUGGCCGUACCAUUUUCAAGAACGACAUGGACCUUGAGGAUGAUUCAAUGUCUCCAGGGAGUUUACAGAUUGACAUUUCUGAAGCCGCUGACCGCGCCGCCACUCUGUCCGUCCCUCAAGACCCUCACGGCGUCGGCGGCUCCGGCGCCGUCGAGAUGGGCAAGCUGUACUGGCCCUCGGCGUCGGCGCUCACCGCCCGCCUGCGGCGCCUGGUGACCACCUACCAGCGCUGCUACAAGCAGCAGCAGCAGCGGCUGGAGGCGCAGGCGCGGGGAGGCCUGGUGGGGCAGCGCCGCCGCCGCCGUCGCCGCAACGACGAGCUGACGCUGCAGGCGGCGCCGCCCGCCACCGCCGCCUGCAGCCCCUUUGAGUCGCCGUUCCCCGGCGGCAGUUUGGAGUCGCAUGGCCUUCAUGGCCUCUCGCCCUCCCUCAGACACGGCUCCACCGCCGCCUCGGUCACCGCUCUGCCGGUGGUCGCGGGGGUGGCGUCGGCGGCGGCGUCGCCGUCGCUCACGCAGGGACCACCUGUGCAGCAGCAGCAGCUGCAGCAGCUACAGCUGCAACAGCUACAGCAGCAUCUUCAUCAUCAACAACAGCAGCUGCAACAUCAACAACAGCAGCAGCCGCAGCAGCAGCUGCAGCAGCAGGGCGAGGGUGUGCGAGGUGCGCUGGGCGGUGCGCUGCAGGGCGCCGGCGACUCGGGGCUGGUGUGGGGCAGUGGCGACGCUGCACAGCGCGAGGAGGCUUUCAGGGCGCGUGAGUUCGCCCGCCUCGAGAAGCGCCAGAGGUGGACACGGCGGGAGGAGGCCGACUUCUACCGCGUCGUCUCCACUUUCGGCGUCGAGUUCGACCCCCAGCGGCGGCGCUUCGACUGGACCCGCUUCCGCUCGUUCGCGCGCCUCGACAAGAAGACGGACGACAGCCUCACGCGUUACUUUCAGGCCUUCGUGGCCAUGUGCCGCAAGGUCUGCCGCCUGCCGCCCUCCGACACAGAAGACCCGCUGGAGCCAGGUCUGCUGGUGGAGCCCAUCACGGAGGAGCGCGCCUCGCGCACGCUCUACCGCAUCGAGUUGCUGCGCAAGGUGCGCCAGCAGGUGCUGCGCCACCCGCACCUGACGGAGCGACUGCGCUUGUGCCAGCCGUCGGUGGAACUGCCCAGCUGGUGGCAGUGCGGCGCGCACGACCGCGAGCUGCUCCUCUCGGCCGCCAAGCACGGCGUCAGCCGCACCGACUACCACAUGCUCAACGACCCCGAGUUCUCCUUCCUGCGGAUGCAGCACGAAUGUAUGACGACAGCGGUGACGACGGCAGGGUCGAGGGGCGUGGGCGACGUCGGUACGCACGGGGCGAGUCCGGACCUCCUCCUCGACGGCACCGACGGAAACGCGGCCACUACCGUCGCCGCGGCCGCCUCCCGGACCGGUCUUCACUUCCCCGAUGUGGACGGCACACCCCUGCUGUCCUCUCAGCUCGAGGCGUGCGCGCAGCUCUCCCGCGCAUCGCCUCCGCCGCCUCUACCACCGCCCUUCGAGGCGGACGCCCGCCUCCCCGCGCCCCUCUGCCUCGGCGUCGACUCCCGGCCUUCGACGCCACCGGGCUGCCCCGGCGCGGCGUCGCGCAGCUCCACGACGCCGCUGUCGGGCGCCACGACGCGCUGCAGCACGCCGCGCGAGCCCGACGAGCCCGACCUCCUGCUCAACCCCAUGCAGGAGCUGCUGGGCGGCGCCGCGAGCCCCUCGUCGCAGGGCUCCGCCGAGCUGCCCCCCAGCCCCCUGCUGGGCCUGACGGGGGACGCCUUCCCACGGCUCUCGCUCUCGCGGGGACCCUCGCUUUCCUCGGAUUCCGUUGUUGCCGCCGCGGCCGCCGCCGCCAAAGACUCCCGGGACUCGCCGUUCAAGCAGGAGGCGCUGGAGGAUACGGUGGCGGCGCUGGAGGCGCCCCUUCGCGGGGUGGUGGCGGCGCACGACAUCUUGUGCAAGCUGCAGCUGCCCGACCUGUGCCUCAAGACCGAGUCGUGGGACGUGGCCGAGCUCGGAGAAAAGAUCCUCAAGUCGGAGCCGGAGAGCCCCGCUUCUCCCGCGUCGCCCGCCUCCGUCAAGGAGGAAGGGUCGCCGUGCGCCGGCCGGGGGAACGGCGGCGUCAAGGCUGAGCCCGGGGAGGAGGGGGCGGCGGUGGUGACGAAGGUCGAGGCGGACGAUUGGGAAACCGUGGAGCCCGGCAAGGUCAAGAAGGAGGAGGAUGGGGAGGAGAAGAAGGCGGCGAGGCUAAAAUGUGAAGACGACGUGAAACUCGACCCGGACGCAUUCCACAGGCAGCUCAAAGACUACUGCAAGGACUUAUACGCAGGCAAGGAUGGCCUGCUGAAGGCUGCUGAACUCAAGAAGGAGUGCGCCGCGGACGUGCAACAGCCACAGGACCAGCAGAAGGAGGAGGCGGCGGUCGUGGGGGGGUCGGCCAUGGAGGCGACGGCGCUCGCGCUGAAGAUUGACCUCGGGGACGGUGCGUCGCGUACCUCUCUUGACGCUGGAGAUGGCGCUCCCUCCGCGCUGUGCGCCGUGAUGGAUCGAGAGAUCGGUGCUGCCCUCUGCCUUUACGGCGUUAGCGGCAGCAGCUCGCCCUGCCACAGCUGCCAAGAUGCGGCAGGGCCAGGCUGCGGCAGCCAGAGCCACGGGGUGGAGAUGGUGAUGGGGGCUGCUGUGGCCGGCACCAGCUGCGAUGGGAGCAUGCAGAGCGUGGAAGAGGGGACAUUAGGUGGGAGCAGCGAGGCGCUGGUUGCUACAACUGAGGCAGAGGUGACGGGAGACGGAGAAGUCGGCGGCAGUGCUGCUCCUGUUGCCAAUUCUGUUGCGGCUUCUGUUGCAGCUGCGGUCGCUGCACCCACAUCUGAGCGUCCUCGUGCUUCUCCACACUGGCCAAAGGACCGCAUCAUAAUCAACCGCGUGGACCUCAUUUGCCACGCCGUGCUCAAGGGCAAGUGGCCCAGUCGGCGGCGGCCACACUACGAGCUAUACAGCUUGGCCAGUGCCAUGGGGGUGACGGUAUCCGCCAGCGGCACCACCGCCACCACUGUCACCACAGUCGCCACCGCCACCGUCUCAGCCACCACCGCUCCCGCAGCGGCCGCAGCGGUUGUUACAGCGGCAGCAACGCCCGCAGCGGAGCCCCAGUCGGUGUCCCGGACACUGCCGUUCCACCAUCACCAUCAUCACCACGGCGUCAGCGUCGCCACCGCCACAACCGCUGCCGCGACCACCGCCGUCGCCGCCGCCACUACGCUCCCGCCCCUAUCCGCCGGGGCUUUCUCUGUGUCCCUCUCUCUGCAGGGCCUGGAUCAGGUGCAGGGCAACAGCCAAGAGGAGAAGCAGUUUACAGUGAAAAUUGUCACCGAGGGCGGUCUCAAGAUGACCUUCCAGAAGCAAAAGCGGCGACGGCGAAAGAAGGCGGAGAUCGAGGCGGAAAGGGCGGCCAAGCGGCAGGCGCUCACGCUCGCGGCCGGCGCGGCCGCCCCCGUCCAGGAAAUGGCCAAAGCUGCUACGGUGCAGCCCGGCUCAGACCGGAGCGAUGCAGCCUACGCCUCGCUGGGGCCACGUGUCGCGCCGCCCAAGACGGCAGCAUCGCUCGCCUUGUCCGCGGAUGAGCUCAAGGCACGCCUGGAAGCCGUGCUGCACACGGAGGCCUCGGGGGAGCCAACCCACGCAUUCGGGCGGCUACUCAACGGGGCCGUGUCAGACCCCGGCGGAGGAACGCCCCCGUUCAAGAAACGCCGCGGCCGCAGGAAGAAUGUGGAGGGAGUGGACUUGUCGUUCCUGGCCAAGAGGAAGCCGCCAGUACCGGAGGCGGCAGUUGAUCCAGCGAUGGAGUCACACCGCGGUGCCGACCUGGAUGGACGGGUAUCCGCUUGCGGCCGUGUGGACGUUGCGCCGCGCAAUGCGGAGCUCAGAGACUGGCCGCCCCAGCCCACGUGCCAUCAGAACGUCGUGGCCUCCUACGUUCCCGAACCGGGCGAGAUGCUCCCCUUUCCCUUGCAAAAGCCCAAGCAGAAGCGACACCGCUGCCGGAACCCCAACAAGCUGGACGUGAACACGCUGACGGGCGAAGAGAGGGUGCCCGUUGUCAACAAGCGCACGGGGCGCAAGAUGGGCGGUGCCAUGGCUCCCCCGAUGAAGGACCUACCCCGGUGGUUGGAAGAAAACCGGGACUUUGCUGUUUCACCCGACUGGGGGGACAUUGUAAAGCAGUCUGGUUUCCUGCCGGAGAGCAUGUUUGAGCGCAUCCUCACAGGGCCCGUGGUGCGCGAGGAGGGUGCCUGCCGACGCGGCCGGCGGCCCAAGAGCGAGACCAUGAAACUGGCAACCUCCGUGCCCGGUCCUGCUCCUGGCCCGGCGCCAAACGCUCGGCACAGUGCGGCUGCGGUGCCACACUCCGCCAAUUCCACCUCCGCCGCCACCACUGCUCUCCUCUCUGGCUUGGACCUUGCGAGCCUGCAGGGCUUGCAGGGUCUGCAGAUUGCUGGACUCGUGAGCUUCCCAGCUCCCGGGGUGCUGGCAGCGCCUGCGGAGCCCGCCGAGUCUAGCAAAGGCCACGGCGCCUCGCGACCGGCCAUGCUGCUGCCGGGCAUGCUGGGAAUCCGCGGCCUGGUCAACAGUUCAGGUGCAGCAUCCGGGGGCGCCGGUGGGAAGACGUCGAAGUUGCGAACAAAGGAAGAGCGGCGAAAGAAGGUGGCGACAAAAGCGGCAGUGACGUCGGUCUCUGCUGUAAAUGCAGCAGCACCGAGUGGCAGCGCCGCGACAUUCAACCCCUACCUUGUCCCUGGCGUGAGCAUCGCCACCUCCUCCUCAGGGCACCAUUACUCGACCCUGUUCCCCAUCCUCGAUGGCUUGGGCACGUCCACUGCCAGGGAGACGCAGAAGCCAUCGGUGCACACAAACAGCCAGAGCGUAGGGUCACGCGCAAACAGGGAGGCCCGUGCGGCCAGGGCACGUGAAGUGGCCAGGCGAGCGGCGAUGAUGAUGGAGGAGGGCGAGGUGGGCUUGCUCGAUGCUGGCUCCAUGCACGGCAUUGUAGGCAAUGAAGACGACAGCAGUAACAGCAGCAGUAGCAGCAACAGUAGUAGCAGCAGCAGCAACAGUAGUAGCAGCAGCAACAGCAACAGUAGCAGCAGCGGUAGCAGCAGUGAUGGUGAUGACAGCUCUUCUGACAGCAGCAGCAGCAGUGGCAGCAGCAGCAGUUCGGACAGAGGUGUCGAGAAAACGACUGGCAACUUCGUUGCCGUUAAUGACAUCUCAUCAUCCGAGUCGUCGGAUUCGGACGACGAGUGAAAAUCUGAGAGGAGCGAGCAGCGGCCCCCGUUCCAGCUUCUACUGUUUACACCUUCGUUGAGUUCUUCGUUGAUUGAGCACACGCUUGGCUUUUGAUGUUACCAUGUAAAAAAAGGAAUAAGAGUUAUCAUGAAACUUUUAAGAGACGCCCUCCCCUCACCUUCCUGAACUGCUUAGCCUGAGAGAUAUAAGACAUUUAUGGAGUCCUUCUGAAUGUUCAAUUCCUACGAUACAUUGUUUUAUUUAUUUUGGAGUUGCUAAUGAAUAAUUUCAUUUUUUUUGGUUGUUUUAUUUUUGUUUGUUUCAGUCAAUUUUGCUCAUUCGGCUUGAAGGACAUUUUACGUUUACCCGAUCUUUAGAAUGACAAGCUUGACGUAUUUGAUGUUGCCCGUACGAGGUUAUGAGUACGACUUCGCUAUCAGUGUGUUUGCAGAGCUUGUGUGCAGCCCAGAGAGCUGCAAGGCGUGGACAUUUGGAGAUGAUCCCAUUUAAAGCUAAACAGUGGAAUCGUAUUGUACAUUUAAUAAUAUGAAAUAGAAUUUACUGAGGGUGGGCAUAUCAUAGUCUCUGCAAAAGUUUGGCAGUGUAAAUAAAGAACUCUGUAAAGACA